UAUUUCAAAAUUAAUAAAGACAUGCACAUUUUAUUUAAGGCAUUUAAGCUGCAAGUUUCUGUGUGAACCAUUUGUGAGUAGAUUGCAUCUCCCUUUCUAAAUAAAUUUAAUGCUAGAUUGCAUCUCCCUUUCUAAAUAAAUUUAAUGCUGACAUAAAUGGGAAUUAAAAUGAAUACAUUUACACUGGUUAACACUGACCGCAUAAAAAAACCUGCGUAGAUUGCUAAUGAUAGUUAUAUCACAAGAAUUUUUCGUCGCACUUGACAGCUUUACUGUGUCUACAUGUAUCAUAACACAACGAUAAAUGAUUGUGCAUGCAGCGUAUUGCGUCUUUGCUAUAGAACCGCGGUUCAAAGGAUUUCGUCAUUGGUUUAUCGAUUUUCCACUUAUAGUACGUAAUGUAUGCAGUGGAAAAAGACUUAAAAAAUAUCACUUGCGUACCAUGACCCGGAACAGCAAUCUUAUCGUAGACAAGAUAGACAGCAAGGUAGCCACCUCUCUUCGCCGUUUCUGUUCCGGUGGAGCGGAGAUGUUCGGACACGUUGAACAGUUACGCGCUAACUUGAGAAAUCUCGCAGUCGUUUCUCAGUCGCCUCGUAGUUCGGAACGGGAGAAACGAGGAGAGAACUCUCUUACAUUCCCGAAAUUCACAAUGAAGCUUGAAUCAACCCUAUUAUUACGGAUUAUUAUAUCCCUCAUCUCCCUUAAGACAUGCGCCAGCAUCGAAAGAUUAAAGGGCAUAUAUUCCUGGAAGGCUCUUGAGUUUGCCUUUCCAAAUUAUCAUGCAAGGGAACUUGCUAUACGAGACGGCCGGUUCAUUCCUGGAGCACCAAUACCGAUCGACGUGGAUUUUUAUCACAGAGCUAGACACGGAUCCGUGGUCUUCAUCUCGAUACCAAGAUUUCAAAACGGAAUCCCGGUCACCCUUGGUUACGUCACGGAUAGCGUUUCUGCUGACGGAAAUCCGAUAAUCGCACCUUACCCAAAUUGGGAAUGGAACCAAUUGGGACACUGCGAUGCGAUCACCAGUGUAUACAGAAUGCAGGUGGACUCAUGCGAUAGAUUAUGGGUCCUCGACACUGGCAAACUUGGCGAUAAACAAGUCUGCCGUCCUCAACUGCUGUCGUUCUCGCUGCUAACAAACAAGCUUCUGAGUCAGUACAAAUUCCCCAGAGACCAAUUUAAGGAAGAGUCCCUGUUUGUCACGCUAUCGGUUGAUAUUCGCGGAACCGGCGACAAUUGCCGUGAUGCGUUCGUUUAUAUCGCCGACGUGACCGAAUACGGAUUGCUCGUUUAUGAUCAUCACAAUUCUCGCUCUUGGAGAAUCACCAACAAUCUGUUCUAUCCUUAUCCGCCCCAUGGAACCUUUCACAUCAAGGGAGACACAUUUGACCUCAUGGAUGGCAUUUUGGGACUCGCUUUGAGUCCCAUAAAAGAAGACGGCGACAGGAUCCUGUAUUUCCAUUCAUUAGCCAGUAGAGUCGAAAGUUGGGUACCUACUUCUGUUAUCAGGAAUUAUAGCCUCUUUCACGAGCACUCUGAUGCUGUACCAAGGUCCUUCCAUACCUUCGUUAUGGAAAGGUCAUCGCAAUCGGCAGCUGAAGCCAUGGAUAACAAUGGAGUUCUCUUCUUCGGUCUUUUGUCAGACCUAGCUAUUGGAUGUUGGAAUAGUAUAACUCAUCCCGAAUAUGGUGGUACAAACACGGAAUUCGUCAUUGUCGAACCGAACACUUUACAAUUUCCGUCUGGAUUGAAGAUCAUCACCGCGAAGAAUGGCCGUCAGGAGAUGUGGGUCCUCACAUCAUCGUUCCAAAAGUACAUGGCCGACACUAUGAGUUCAAACGAGACAAACUUCCGGAUACAAGCCGGCUACGUGGACGAGUUGAUACGCGGAACCAAGUGCAACGGGGCUCAUCUCAAUAGCAAUCUCAAUAAUCUCAAUAAUCUCAAUCUCAAUAACAAUCACGGUUACGGGGCGCCCCUGUUCGCUAAAUGAAAAUCAUGGCACCGCGAGGAGUAUGAUUCGCGUUUUCAGACGGUCACAUCUGCAAGGUGGCACAAGUAUCCGGAUUUUUUCACCGAGUACCAUUACCCACCGACGACGCCGACUUUAUUCCCAAAAUUCUUGACCAAACCAUUCUUCGCUCCCUGGAGCGCAAGAUCAACUCAUGGUCUCGAAUCGGCCGAUUAUACCGUCUUUAUCGAUCACGAUUAAAAAUCGCUACACCUUGACUCAUAAUAAAUCACAAAUUCGCGAAGAAUCCUUUAAAUUCGCUUCGUAAUUUUUUUACAUAAUUUCGUUUUUCCAGAAUUUCGUGGCAAAGUCACUAAGCGUACUGCUCGUGGUGCCGGUUGAGUUUCUUUCGUGAGUUAUCGCUCACGAUUGUUUAUCCUGGUGCUGUGACAAUUCUCUAUAGACAGUCAUCACCAUCACUAGGUACCACCACCACCGGAUAAAAAAUGAUUUACUGUUCCUACAAUAAAUGUUUUCUUAUUUUUAUUGAAAAUAGUGGGCAAUAAGCAUCGGACUGCGCGUGGGUCUUCGACCUCGUGUUUUAUGUAUUUUAUGUAAAUUCUUGUGCAACAUACUACCUUCUAUCACCGAAGAAAUAUUUACGACUUAUAUCUCAUUUGAAAGUACAGAUAAUAAUAAUAAUAAUAAAAUUAAUUAUGUUGAAACUAGCUGUUUCAUAUUUCAAUAAAUUCAAUAAAUCAUUCUUCUAUUGUAACAAACGGAAAUUUAUGUCUGUUAUUUAAAUCAUAUCUGCUUCUUUAAAUAUUUAAAUUGUUCUAACAAAUAUUUUUUUUCCUUAAAUAAAGCACUUAUCGUCA